CAGCUCUGGCAGUGUCAUGUGACACUUAAAUACCUUGGGAUUUUCUCUGAGCAUGCCCAGUUGUGCUGCUGCUCUCCUGUACUCCCCCCCUCCCCUCUUUUUUCUGACUGAUGCUUGUUUUUGAGAAGCAUCCCUACUCCGGCUGGAAUUUACCACAUCAUCACCGUUCUUUAAUGCCGUUCCUACUGCAAGGCAAAUUAUACCGGGGAGGAGAGGACUCCCGAUCCGUCUGUAGAACUGAGGAAGGUUCGACUGAAGAUCUCAGUGAGCUCCAGCAGAAAAGAACAAACAGCAGGUGGCUGGCUCACCGAAGGAUAAGAAGAAGCUGUCAUCUGGCCACACAGCUUUAUAUGGGAGAAGACAAAGACUUGGCACUGUACAGCAGAAUAGCGGCUUCACUUUGAUUUUCAGGGCCGGGCUAACAGACAAAGCAACAGUCACUAUGACCGACGGCAGCCUGUGACCUCUUUCAUCCCUGACGAAACCUUGAAAUUACAGCUGCAACAACAUUCCAGCCCGGACAUGAGCUGCAAGCCCAAUGCAAAGCGUCCUGUGAACACUGCCAGUGAAGCUGUGGUCGGGAAUGGCAUGGUAUCAGAGCUGUCGACAGAGAAGCAGCCAUCACGCUCCUCCAGGAAAGCUGCCACAUUUGGGAAGCGUUCCAAUUCAAUGAGAAGGAACCCCAAGGCUGAGGUCAACAAACAGGGCUGGCUUUAUAAGCAGGCUAGUAGUGGAGUUAAGCAGUGGAGCAAGCGCUGGUUUGUUUUAACGGAUCGCUGUCUCUUUUACUACAAAGAUGAGAAGGAGGAAGUUGUUUUGGGAAGCAUACCUCUGCUGAGUUUUCGAGUUUCUACAGUUCAGCCUUCAGACAACAUCAGCCGGAAACACGCUUUUAAGGCUGAACACGCAGGGACUCGGACUUACUACUUCAGUGCAGAUAGUCGAGAGGAGCAGGAGUCUUGGGUGCAGGCAAUGAGUGACGCCGCUCGGGUCCAUAUCCCACCAGCCCAGAGAAACAACACUGAGAACAUCCCACCUGCAGACCUUAACCACAUAUCUGCAGGGAAAGGCACUGCUGUCAGACAGAGAGGAGAAGGGGACGGCCGAGGAGAAGAGGCAAAGGACACCAACAAGCAAGAGGUCAAUGGGCUGCCCAAUAUGGAGGCAGGUGCUCCUACUACACCGAUGACACCUGAUCCCAACGGUAGAGCAGGAGAGACUGGAUCAUCCCAUCCAAAUGGAUGGGUGAGCUAUGGUGCACCUGGUUCUGCUUUCCAUCCCAAAGAAACCCGAGAAAAUGCAGUUCUCCGUCGUGGGUUUGUGCCACGAACUCAACCAGAGAGACUAGCCCAAAGGAAAAGUUCCAUGACACAACUUCAGCAGUGGGUGAAUCUUCGGAGGGGUCGGCCAACACAAGAAGAUAUGCAGAGCCCCACACACUACUAUGCUCCUGCGAUGCCCAGAGGUGGUGCGGACUACUAUGAUGUUUAUGGGCCACAGUAUGUGGAGGAUUAUGGGAUGUAUCCACCUGGAGUACGCCCUGACAGCUUCUGUUCCGUUCCUGGAGCAUAUGAGAGGAUACCACCGCAGUGGGUCUCUGAAGAGAAACAACGGGCAAUGUAUCCGCAAGAUCGUUCGCGGGACAUGGCUGGAAGAGGAGGUGGAGGCUACCACUGGACUGGCCACAUGCCCAGCAAUCAGCAGUCACUGUACUAUGCACAGAAUUCCUUACGUCGGCUUACUUUGCAGCCUCGUUCUCGCUCUGUGCCUCGUUCGCCCUCACAAGGACCAUAUGCUGCUGGCUCUCGCGCCUUUUCUCCGGUGCGGUCUCCUAGUGCUCGAUUUGAACGCCACCAUGACAACAUGGUAUAUGCUGAGCCUGUAUACUCUAUGAGAAGGUCCAUCAGCUCCCCAAAGCACGAUUACCCGGGAGAGAGGAGGUCGAUGUCGCCAGGACUGUACCAUUACAACUACCCUGCCUCUCCCACAAUUCAAGAAAAAAUGGAGGACAUUUUAGACCUACAACUGCAGAGGAAUCUCGAGUACUUGGACCGACAGGUAACUGAAGGAGACCGGCUCAUCAGUGUUGUACAGAGACUUGUGGAGAACUCUUCACCUCGAGCGCAGCUCUACACACAAGUGUCACCAUUCCAUGAAAACUACAGAGAUAUUUCACCCGUCUACAGGAGUAACGACCUUGACGUGGAUAAACUUCUGGGCCAACUGUGUGAGCAGAACAGGGUGCUGAAGGACCAGGAACUUACUGUGCAGCGGCUGAGAGUUGACAAAGACGGCUUGGAGGGAGCUUUGGGUUCCAUGCACCAAGAAAUGGAGCUCUACCGAGGGCAGGGUUCCUCCAUUGAAAAGCUGUUGCAAAAGAAAGAGUCUUUGCAGAACCAACUGAUAAACAUCAGGGGGGAGCUGUCACAAGCAACAAAUGUGAUGGCUGCAACACGGGUGGAGUUUGAGGCCCUGGAAGAUGAAGUCCUCUCUGUACACCGCUACCUGCAUGAGCAGCUGCUUCUGGGCAAUCAGAGUGAACACAUGCACCGGCAAAUUCAGAAGGAACUUUGGAGAAUUCAAGAUGUCUUGGAGGGACUUCACAAAAACAACCCAUCACGAGGGACCAAUACUGCCAAACAAAGAGUGACAAGUGGACCAUCAGGAUCAUUCAGUACUAACAGCCCAGCCAGUCCCCUUAGCUCUGUUAGCCUCACAAGUCCCUUGAGCCCCUUUUCUCCAGCUUCAGGUUCACAAGGCUCUCCCAGUAAACACGUCAUAGAGCAGAAGUUCACCUUCCAGUCAGAGAGUUCCACUGCAGCAAACUCUCACCAAGCAGAACACGUGGAAACAGACUCUGAUCGCCAAAAUAAAGUUGGUGUUGUGCCCCCAAGGACCAAAUCUCCAGCUGAAGAAAAUUGCAGUUCCCCAGCCCAGGUCACCUGUAGAAACUCUGAUCGAAAACUGCCAAAUGGACAUCUUUCUAGGGAACGGCCAAAGAGUGCAGUUUUCCCAGCCGAAAUCAAGUCCAAGAUGAGCGUGGAAGAGCAGAUUGAGAGGAUCAAACGCAACCAGAGCGCCUCCAUGCGAGAAAAGCGACGCAGUCUUCAGCUUACCAGCUCUCAACAGAUUGACGGCAUGAAGCCAGCUGUCAACUACCGAGUGGUACGCCGAAGGCUGACUGCUCAUGAGGUAGACAUCAAGGAUUUGGAGGCAGCAGUUCGUGGUGAAGGGAUUGAGUCUCCUCGUGAAGAAAUUGCUCGGUUACGUCGCUUGGAUGUUGAGCCAGAAAGUUACAGUCUUGACAUUGGCCGUGAGUUGUCAACACCAGAUAAAGUUUUGAUACCUGAACGCUAUUUAGAGCCAGAGCCCGAAGCACAGCUUAGCCCUGAUGAACUCCGGGAAAAGAAGAAAAAGGUUGAAAGAAUCAAGACACUAAUCGCUAAAUCCACAUUGCAGAACAUUGUGCCCUUGCUUGAUGGCCCAGCAGACGGACAGGUGGACACAGAGCAGCAGCUGCAGGAGCAGGAAAAGCGAAUCGAGAUUUCAUGUGCAUUGGCCGCAGAAGCAUCCCGGCGUAGCCGCCUGCUCUCAGCUCAGUGCAUUUCCCCCAGCCCUCCAUCAUCUCCCAUUGCUGACCUGACAGACUCCACUCACUUCAUGAAAGUGUGAGCCUCUAUUCAGCUCAAGCACUGGCAGCUGUCAAGUUCCAUGGAGCAACAUUCUAAAACUUUAAAGUGGGAAUGAACGCUGUUCCUCAAGAGUUUAUUUUUCCAUUCCAUUGCUUUAUUGGCUGAAAGAAAAAAGUGCCAGAGACACUACUUGUCUAAGCUACUGACCAAGGAGCCACUGGACUCUUUCACAUUAACCCCACAAACGAGUGUCAGCAGCUAGUGUGACUCAAACUGUGAGGUCGCCACUCACUAGCUGCUCAAAAUAGCACCAAGGGGAUCCAAGCAGACUGGAGGUCCAAGUAGUAAGUGUCAAGGAUGAAUGAACACUGCACGUCUGAUACAGGUGCAGAAUCAUGAGACACAUGGGAUGCAUUUUUGCCAAAAGAAGUAAUUAUUGGGAUGACGAAAUGUAACCUAAAUAACAAUGUCCAAUGCAGGAGACGACCUGAAGUGCACCGUCCGAAUUCCAGCUCAGAGAACGCACAGUCCUGUGCUUUUUAAACACCCAAAUACAAGUCAGUGUUUGUGCAGCAAAUUCACUUUCCUGGUCCUAAAAACCAAAGUCACCCAGAAACAAAAACACAAGGGAUUAAGCAUUUGUAGCUACACUUGCUGAGCAGAGAAGGGAUUACGUACUCCUUCAACAAGCUGGACAGCCUUGCUGCCAGGAUGACCCAGCAGAGUCAGUUGUCUCGCUCUGUUCACUCGCAUGGGGUACAAACACCAUUGCCACCAAGUGGUCACAAUUACUGUGGAAGUGCUCGACACACUCAUCCUCUCUGUGAUACAUCAGCAUCAGUGCUUUCUAGUCUUCUGCUAGUAAUUACAAAAAGCCUACCAGUGAUAUUAAACUGUACACAAACAAGAAAGAAACAAAGUGACCUUAGAAAAUUCAGCUUGCUAAAUGUACUGUAAUGAUGCUAAUGUCCAUUUCUCUUUAUUUUUUUUUUACUUUGUUUGCGCUGCUGGAUUAUGGCCAAGACAGACUAACAGCUUGCACCACUACAAAAGUAGCCUGUUGUAGACCUUAAACCGUUCAUUUUUAUAAGUUUGAUAUUUGCAUGAGCUGCCAGCUCAAGGUUACAGCACUCGAUUUACAAUUUAAAAAAAAUUAAAAGAGCAUGAUAAGGUCAACUAGUACCUUGAUGUGUGCUUGCAGUGUACUAAAAAAAUGGAAUGAAAAUGCAACCAAGUAGAAUUAUUUCUAUCUCUGCUAGUUUCAAAUAAACCGUUUUUCUUCAACUGCUAAAUAAGUUAAAAGUUCACUGAAAAUAUGUAUGGUUUUCAAGUCACAUAACAAAAGUCUAAGUAUAUAGGCACACACACUCAUCUGAAUGGGCUUUCAUAGGAGGUAGGAUAUCCUGCCAAAUCUGAAAGAGGUACAUCUUAAUGUACAGUAGGUUAACUGGCAGCUGACGACUGAGUGGUCCGGGUGUCUGUGGGGGGAUUUCUGGCCGCAUGGACUCCAUCUGUCUGUCACCCCAGCUAAAGGUGACAGGCAGAUGGAGAGGGAGAAAAUAAAUGGAAGGAUGUGUGUGUUGUACGAAUAUAUAUAUAUACAUAUAUAUAUAUAUACAUAUACUGUACAGAGAGGGAGAGAGCAGCUACACUGUAUAUGCAAAAAGGAAAAAGAUCAUUACUGUCCUGCUGAAAAUAAAAAGUUAAAGAAAUAAAGAAAUGGUGUUUACACUGGCACACCAAAUGGAGGUUGAAAGGCACAGAUGUUGAACUUCUAAAUUUCUUUCUAUUUUUUUCAGCAGGAAGAUAACUCUUACCUAUUUUUUCUUGAGUAUGCAUUCUGUAUAUGCAGUAUAAUAUGUUGUACAUUCAUGGAUGAAUGAGUUAUUGAAAAAUUUAAAUUCUUCCGCACAAGAGCCUAAUUCAAAGCCACAGCAUAUUCAGGUUUUCUCAUCAAACAGCCUCUUAAUCAGAAGUUAAGUGCUUUUAAUUGAAAACAGUAACACUUGCUGUGAUAUUUCUGAAUUCAAAUAAUAACAGAAUUUAGUCAAGUCAGUAAUAACUGGACCCUGACUAGGAUGUUGGUGACAUCUGUGAUAUUUCUGAAUUCAGAUGGUGACAGAAUUUAGUCAAGUCAGUAAUAACUGGACCCUGACUAGGAUGUUGGUGACAUUUGUGAUAUUUCUGAAUUCAGAUGGUGACAUAAUUUAGUCCAUUAGGCAAUAACUGGACCCUGACUAGGAUGCUGGUGACAUUUGCAGAACUCUGUUAUGGAGUAGCGAGUUCCCAGGUGUAGUCCAGGAGUACCACAGUGGCUAUGGGUUUUCACUCCAACCAGUUCCACAAACUAAUGGUUCCUUCUUACUUUUUAAAUGACAGAAUUGUUUAAUUAGUCUUUCUCUUCUGUUAUUUUGCAUUCAGAAAUAUGUGCUAGCAUAGUUAUAAGUAAGCAAAAUGUAGACAUUUGCAUAUUUUGCCAGAUCUUUAAGUGUUAAUGUUCUGUUACCAUAUUUUCUUUAAUUUACCUUUCCCUGUGACAUUUGCUCCCUUAAUUCUUUUCAGAUACUGACAUCAGUCUGUGAUGAUCAGUAUGGGCACAGGUGCAAGUAACACUAAAUACUUAAGGAAAGCAGCGACUUCAGUUUAAAAUUCACUUGUGAGCUAAUUAAUAAGAAAAAUGACCAGAACAUAAAAAAAAGCAAAAUCUUAAAAAGUAAGAAAAGAUCAAUAAUUAAUGUUAUACACAAAGACAAAAAAUUAGCAAACCCAUUUUGUAAUUUCUGGAUUGAUGUAAAGGCAGAAACUGGUAAAUAACAGUUUGUUUAAUAAAAGCAGAAGUCCAGUUAAAAGCUGAAGGUGGUCAACUGAAACUGAGGACCACUUAGUUAAGCCUUACAUUACUAUUUAGCACACAAAGAAAUGUAACAUUAAAAUAGCAGCUCUGCUUUAACGGGCAGUGCCAUUUGCAGCAGUGUCUGUCCUGAUCAUCACUAACUGUCUGUAUCUGGAUAUAAUUUAAAGUGCAGACUCCACAGAAAUAAGGUCAUUGAAAUGAAAAUGGUAAAAGAAAGCCAAGUGUGACAAAUAAAACACAAAGAGUUACCCACUGAUCUGUGGAAUCAACGAUCACAAAUCUGUGGUUUGAAUGAAAGCCUGUAGCCACAGUGGUACUCCAAGAGUGAACUUGGGAACCCCUGGUACGGAGGAAUGUUUAGAACAUUAAAUAAAUAAAUGUGUGAAAUGUGACAAUAAACAGAAACACAAAGAUAUGUGGGCAUAAAUAAUUACGUGUAGUUAAAGUAAAGUAGUUAAAUGCACCAUGAAAUAUGUUUAUGUUGCUUAUUUGGUUAUGUAUUUAUUUCUUCAUUUAUGUAUUUCAGUGGCCUUGUGCACAACAUGAAAUACACCUAGAAAUGGAAACUCAUUUUCAUCCAUCAAAGUUAAAAGGCGGGGCCCCAGAGAGCACUGUGUUCUGAUUGGUGACAACUUUGCACAUGACUAUGAGCCACAGGCGUCCCAAGGCAAGCAAAGCACAUGCUCAGAGCUGUGACUGUGCACGACUGGCACACAUGAGUUACAAGAAAGAGCUGGCCAGAUUUCCAGCGCAGAGUGGCUACUUUAACUCAAGAUCCCCUUGUGGCGUCUUCCUGAAAACGUAGCACUUGUGCACACGCCAUGGAGGCUUCAUCAUUGCUAGAGCCCAACCUCUUAACUUUCACAUUUGCACAUGACAGCUUUUAUUUUUAUGUUGCGUUCGGUGUCACCAAAACAGUUAAAUGAAGCAAUAAUUAAAUAAAUGCAUAAAGAAAUAAAAUAUUUAAUAAUACAAUUAAUUAUUUAUGCUCACAUAUCACUGUGAUUGUAUUUAUGUUUUGUCACAUUCAACAGUUCAUUCAUUUCUUUUAAUUUGUCUGUACCUACUAUGGAUCCAUUCAAUCACGUAUUUGUAGCAGGAUUUCUUACUUCAACCCUCUGCGUGUUGCACGUUCCAUCACAUAUUGUAUGACCUUCCCUUUAUUUCUUGAAUUUUAAGAGUAUAAAUCCUCACUCAGACUCCAGUGCCGUCAUCAUGUAAAUACUGCAGUAGUGUCUGCAAGCUGUUGGCCCAUUCUGGUCCUAAGAGCAGUCAUGAAACCCAUCGGGGAGUUUUUUGUUUCUGUCUUUACUGAGUCCCACUCAAGCUGACCUUUCAUGAUAGAGUGUAACCAUUUCUUCUAUAUUUGUAUUUACUGUUUAUAUGCAACAGAAAAUGUGUAUUUAAAAUAUAAAAUAAUUAUGUUAUUACUAAACCAGUUUUAAUAAACCCAAACAGCAAACCUCAUUAUACUU